AUGGAAAAUACUAGGAGUAGAAGCUGGAUAAAUUGCGAUAGACUUAGUAAAGAAUAUUUGGAUGGAGUAGAGAAUUUUUUAGAUCAUGCAUUUUGUGAAAAACGUGAUGGAGGAACAAUUCCAUGUCCUUGUACAGAAUGUGUGCUACACUAUGAAGUAAAUCGGGCAACGGCAUAUGAUCAUCUUGUGGUUAAUGGCAUUAUACCUUCAUAUGAUACUUGGUUUUGCCAUGGGGAGUAUCUUAAUAAAUCAAAUAAGAGUGCAGAAAAUGAUGGCAGACAAGAAGCUUUAAGGGGUGGUGAUAUGAGACGAAUGAUACACGAUGCUUUUGGAGGUAGUACCCUGUUCACAGACAGUAACAUUAGCGAUGGAGAAGAGUUAGAGCCAAACUUAGAAGAAAAUACUCAUAAUCCAGGAGGAAAUCAACGUCAUCCAGAGAUGGAUAAGUUUGAACGACUUAUGAAAGAUGCAAAGGAGGAAUUAUACCCUGGAUGUAAGAAAUUUAGUAAACUUUCGUUUUUGCUACAUCUUUACCACAUAAAAGGGAUGUUCAGAUGGUCAAAUGAAUCUUUUAAUGCUUUGCUUGGUCUAUUGAAGGAUGCAUUUCCUGAAGGAGCUAAGUUGCCUUCUUCCUUAUAUGAGACCAAAAAAAUAAUUGAAGUCUUAGCCUUGAAGUAUAUUAAGAUUCAUGCUUGUCCCAAUGAUUACAUGCUUUUUAGGAAUCAAUUUGCUGAUAAAAAAGUAAAUGAAUGCUUAGUUUGUGGGGCUUCUAGAUGGAAAAAUAAAGAUAAAAAAAUUCCAGCCAAGUUCCUAAGGUACUUUCCUCUAAAACCAAGACUGCAAAGGUUAUUCAUGUCUUCAAAAACUUCUAAACUGAUGCGAUGGCAUCAUGAAGAACGAAACAAAGAUGGAGUUUUACGACAUCCAGCAGAUUCUGAAGCUUGGAAAACUUUAGACAACAGAUAUUCAGAAUUUGCUAGUGAUCCACGUAAUGUUCGUCUAGGAUUAGCUUCUAAUGGAUUUAAUCCAUUUGGCACGAUGCGAUCUGUUUAUAGUACAUGGCCGGUGAUUUUGAUGCCCUAUAAUCUUCCGCCAUGGUUGUGCAUGAAACAAGAGUUCUUCAUUCUGUCAAUGCUCAUUCCAGGACCAAAGGGGCCCGGAAAUAACAUUGAUGUCUUUUUGGAACCUUUAAUAGAAGAAUUGAAUUAA